AGGGAGAAGGAGGAAAAGGGAAGUUGAGAGUCUGGAGAGAAAACAUGAGUAGGCGGGACAUACAGUAAGCAGAAAAACAGGAACAAAGUGAUAACAUAUACCAAAGUACACCUGUACACCUGAGUGCAGCCGCUCCUUCUUUCCCCGGACACAGAGAUGAUUGAGAAGUUUAGGGAAGAAAAUGCAGUGAAACCUGAAAAGACAUCAAUAUUUAACAGACUUGCCGAAAUUGACUCUUGUUUUGUUCGGAAGGAUUUCGGAGAUUAGGGAUUUUACACGUUGCUUUUGUUUGGGUUUGGUUUGUUUUUGCCAGUUAAGGGUGUGUAUUAGAAGUUGGUCCUGUUUAGAACUCGCAACUUAGCAGCAGCAACUUCACAUAAGGACUUUUUGUGUGCCACAAACCCAAUGAAGAUGUGGUCAGUGACGGUCAUCACCCUCCUCCUGUUCUGCUACGGUUGCCUUUCAACCGCCAGUUGGAAAGUAUAUUUUCGCUCAAGGAACUUUCACAACACACUUCAUUGGGACCCAGUGAGCCCAGCCUUAUUCCCCGGGGAAAAUGUGACCUACAGUGUCCAAUACACAAGUGAUGCUGAAGGCCAGUCGUACCAGAUAAAAGAGGGCUGUCAGAACAUAUCUGCUCUGUCCUGCGACCUGACUGCAGAAACCCCAUCAGUUGAGGAUGUUCACUACUGGGCUCAGGUCUGGGUCAACAGUCGCUGUCUGGGCGUUACCAAUCACAAAUUUAAACCUAUCGCAGACACUACUUUUGGACCGCCCAUCUUGACUAUAUACACGACGGUGUCAUCCUUGCAUUUGAAUGUCAGCCUGCCCUUGGGGCCAAACGAAGUUUCGGUUGCCAACAUCAUCACCAACAGCAAAAAUGGGCCCUUCAAAACUGAGAUUGAUUACACCUUGAAAAUCACACACCCAGUGUGGGCGGCACAGGAAUAUGAAACCAAGACUGGCCAGUUUGUUGUUAAUUUGAAGAACAACAAAACAGAGUACUGCGGCUACGUGGUCUACAAGCCUUCUAUUGAAUUGGGUCGCUCAGAGAGUGAGAAUGCUACCUUCUGUGUCACACUUCCAGCGGCUCCUCUGAGGCCUCUGCCAUGGCUUCUCACCAGUGCUACUCUUCUGGCGGCCAUAGUCAUCGCAGUGGGUGUGUGUAUGUGCAACUAUGUGAAGGCUGGAAAGGAAAAGAGCAUGCCACAGCGAUUGGUAAACACUCUCAGCACCCGGCCUGUAAUACUACAGUCUCCAGAUGGAAAUCUCAUCAUUUCCAAACUGGUGAUCUGCACUGAAACUGACCAAACAGUUUACGCAACGAUCCAGAUGAAGCCAAAUGUGCCCCCAGUUGGCGUUGGAGGUUAUUCUCCCCAGGACAUCCUCUGCCAAGCCUGGCAAGACCGCAGUGGCUCCUCUGUGGGCACAGGUGCAGCCAGUCCAGCCCCAAAUCCAGAGGACACGAGUGCCCAGUCCUCUGAGAUCUACAGCAUGGUGGCUGUCCAUGUUCCUGCUGAAGAGAUGGAAACCAGCAACCUACAAUUGUCCACGGGAGGAAGCUGGGAUGAAGGCCGAAUGAGUUCAAAGGUGACUUCACAUGGAGUACCACCAUUACCCGCUCCAGAUUCUUGUGACAGCGAUCAAGCUAGGCCGCUGCUGUUGCACACAGUGUGUGAUCCCAAUGGACAACUUAUGUUACCGUUGCUCAAUUUCCAGUUACCAAGGAGCACAGGUGACACCGAGAGAAAACCCCUUUUAUCCGACCUCAUAGACUCCAAACAGGAGGGGCCAACGUUAGCGUCUUUGCAGAGCUUUGAUGGCUCGGAGUGGUCAGACUCUGGGUGUGGUAGCAGUGUAAACACACCAACCCAGCAGUACUGCAACACCCAUUACUGCCCAUCUCAACCAGUUGCUCCUGAUUUUCAACCAGGAUGUCAAAACACAUCAUCAUCCAGUGAUGCCUCAUUUGAAUCCGGUUACAAACACAACUGGAUGCCUUCAAUUCUUGAAGCUGCAUCCAAAGACAGUAGUGAAUACAGAAAGACUGACUAUCCUUGGAACUGGACUGGUGACAAACAGGAGGACGAAGCAGAGGACGUGGAAGACAGGGUUGGAGAGGAAGGAUCCAGGAAAAUUAUUCUGGGAAACUGGGUGCUACAAAUUCAAGACUGAUGCUCCCCUGUUCAAUCUUAAGAAGAAAAAAAGUCCUUUGUUUGUUCAUUUGGGACCUCAAAUGAUGUUAAAGACUGUUAAUUGCAAAAUACCUUGUUUAAGAAAAAAGAGAGGAGGAUGUUGAUGGAAGAAGAAUAGACUUUUUAUUCAUCCAACAUCGGGGAAAUUCACUGAAUCACUUAAUCACAAUCAGAAGUUCAAUCGACAAUGUACAACUCAAUGCAGAUGAAGGGCUUUACUGUCUGCUCUGUGGUGCUUUGUUCAGAAACACUUAAACAUCCAGAUCUAUCCUGAACUAAGUCAUAUUUUACAACUACAUUUCAUUCCAAGAUGUGACACAUUAUAUAGUGCUUUGUUGUAAAACUGGUUUUAUUUGUAAAUCCAGAAAUGUAUAAAGUUAAGUAUUAUUAAAUAAGUAUAAUUAGAUAUUUCUAAUUUGUGAAUCUACAUUUGAAGAAAAAAUGUACUGUGUAUCCAUUCUAAGUCCUUGUUUACUUUGUGAAGUUAUUGGUGAUGAAAAAACACAUUUUUAUAAACAGAAGUUGUAUUUAAAAGAUGUUAGAUUGUUUUAUGUUCACAACUGAUAUAACCUCAGCUUUUCAUCUGUUUAUGGCACAGAUGAGUGACUGUUCUGUGCACAAAUGUAUCAUAGGCAAGCAAAGGGAAGAUAUCAACUACCAGGUAAGGUUCAAAAUGUCCCUUAAUCAUAGUCCUUCAGAAUAUCUCAGUAUAUUCCACAUUAACAACAGUGUUUUAUAUUUUCAGAUUGUGUUCAAUGUGCACAUGACAUAAACACAAAGAAUAAACCAGUCAUGUUUUGUACUUUAA